GGAGAAGCAACAGCAGCGUCCCCCGGCCCUGAGCAGAAUGAUGAUACAACUGAACUGACAUCAAAACCAAAGAGAAGCUUUUAUGCAGCAAGAGAUUUGUACAAGUAUCGACACCAAUAUCCACAGAACUUUAAAGAUCUCCGGUAUCAAAAUGACUUGUCUAAUCUCCGAUUUUAUAAAAAUAAAAUUCCCUUUAAACCUGAUGGAGUUUACAUUGAAGAAGUACUAAAUAAAUGGAAGGGAGAUUAUGAAAAACUGGAACAUAAUCACACUUAUAUUCAGUGGCUUUUUCCACUUAGAGAACAAGGUUUGAAUUUCUAUGCUAAAGAAUUAACUACAUAUGAAAUAGAGGAAUUCAAGAAAACAAAAGAAGCAAUUAGAAGAUUCCUGUUGGCUUAUAAAAUGAUGUUGGAGUUUUUUGGAAUAAAACUAAUUGACAAAACAGGAAAUGUAGCAAGAGCUGCUAAUUGGCAAGAAAGAUUUCAACAUUUGAAUGAGUCCCAACACAACUACUUAAGAAUCACUCGAAUUCUGAAAAGUCUUGGUGAGCUUGGAUAUGAAAGUUUCAAAUCUCCUCUUGUAAAAUUUAUUCUCCAUGAAGCUCUUGUGGAAGACACAAUUCCCAACAUUAAGCAAAGUGCUUUGGAAUAUUUUGUAUAUACCAUAAGAGACCGAAGAGAAAGGAGAAAACUCCUGCGAUUUGCCCAACAACAUUAUACACCUUCAGAACAUUUCAUCUGGGGACCACCGAGAAAACAGAAGGAGGCAAACAAAGCAGGUAAAAAGCAAACUUCUCCAGUUUCUUCUCACAACAGUUACAUUUCUAAACACAAGAAAUGGAGAGAUUCCAAGAAUACAUCUAUAACUGGUAGUUCAAGUAGCAAAACAGCUGAAGAAAAAAAGGUAGAACUUUCAAGAAAUGGAGAAGAAAAUGACCAGCGUGGAACAGAAACCAACUGUGAAGCUGCUAAGCAGAGCAACAGUGAAAAGCACAGUGAUUUCAAUUCAGAAGAAGUUCUCGAUUCAUCAGACAAAAAGGAGAACAUUUCUCAUUUCAAAAAAGAUAAGGGAAAAGAUGGUGAAAAUCUGAGCCAAGAUUGUGGCAAUCCAACAAUUAUAGAGCGAGAAUCAUGUGACAGUGAGAACUGUUCAAGUAAUGUAUCAGCAGAUGUGCAAGACAGCCUAGGUAAGGAUAAACCUCCAGUGGAAUCCACCAUAAAGAACAAAGAGGAGAUAAAAUCAUGAGUACAAAUUUAAAACUAGUUAUGUUUCAUAGUGAAUGAGACAAAUUAUCAUUUUGGAUUAUAUUGACCUCUAGUUUAAUGUAAGGAAUGUCAUGGGACUAGGCUGAAUAUGAAAGUAUCAGAUUAAGCUUUUGGGGAUUACUAUUUUGUAACUCAAUUCAUAGGGCAUAAUUAAAAAUGGUUUAAAUAUGCCAAUUUGAAACAACUAUAUAGGAUUAAAUUGCAUACAUUCCCUUUUCAGAUUGAUUUCAGUUUAUGUAAAAAGGAAUGCCAUUCAUUUCUGAUACCACUUUGUUCAUCUGUUUUAAAAAUUAGAAUAUUACAAUUUAAGUGUUUUUAGGACUUGCAGGAACAGACUGCAGUAUUGAUUGUCCUUUUCAAGGUAAUUCUGCAAAAUUAUUUUUAGAGCAAAAUUACUUAUACUAUGGUUGAAGUCACUGGAAGUCCGGCACAAUAUCCAAGGGCAGAAUUAGACACAAAGGCUUUAACUUUAAAUGAGCAUUUUUGGUUGAGACUUUCAGAACUGGAUAUCAAAAUGUUCCAUUUUUGUGAAGCAUCAUUCUAAAUUAAGUGAAAGUCUAAUUCAUUAUUAAAUUGUACAAGCUCUUA